AUGUUCGUUUUGUUUUUGGAAAAGAAGAAGAUUAAAAACCAGAUUAAUGCUAACGAGAAGAAAGAAGAUUGUUUAGAUUACUCGUCACGAGAGGGAUUUGAGGCUGUGCGUUCUGGUCGUACUGGUCGAGGACGACAGACCGGAUCCACGAUAGACCGGAUUUGCGCAAGUGUUUACAUGGGAGCCAUCAAUUAUGGCAACGGUGCGCAUGGCCUUUGA